CUUGGUCGUCCUCGAGCUGCUUGUCUUGCCCUCGGAUGAAAUAGGUCUUGACAGUUCUAAAACCCCGGUCUAUACAACGGAGAAAUGUUUCGCAAAUGGCCGUUGAAGAGACAUCUUGCUGUCCGAAAAAAUCUCACGCACCUCACCGGAGGAGAAUUCUCCCAGAAUCUCGUUUACGACUUGACCAGAGAUCGCAUCUCGAAUUCCAAGACAUCUUUUUCAAGGAAGAAGGAAGAAUCGUGGAAAAUACCUUCUGCUUGGUUACACUGCAAUUCGACAUAUUUGCACAUGAAAGAUCUGCUUCUACCCUCCAUACGGCGAUGACCAUUGCAGUUGUUUUGGUCGGGUUACAGCCAUGGGGAUUACGGUCGUGGUUCCUCGAAGCUUAACCGGUGCCCUUUGUCCUUGGCUCUGGGAGUCGUUCCCCAGUCUCGCAACAGAUCCACCGAUGUUGAGUCGUAAAGUCUCUGAGCUGCCCCGCCGUACAAUAAGGCUUAG